UGUGCGCGCGCGCAACACAUACAUGUGAAGGUCAGGCUUUGGUUUUAAAAACACAGCACUUACUUUUUUUCCCCUGUGAAAAUAUGGACGGCCAAGGAGCGACGACGGACCCUCAGCUUCAGCAGUUCAUUGAAAUUGAAUCUCAAAAACAAAGAUUUCAGCAGCUGGUGCAUCAGAUGACGGAGGUGUGCUGGGAGAAAUGCAUGGAUAAACCUGGGCCAAAGCUGGACUCCCGGACAGAGGCGUGCUUCGUUAACUGCGUAGAGCGAUUCAUUGACACGAGCCAGUUUAUCCUCAACAGGCUGGAACAGACACAGAGGACUAAGGGGUCCUUAUCUGAGAGCAUGUUAGACUAAAGUGUCGUUUAAAGAACGUGAACGCAGCCGCUGAUCUCAGACAUGACAGUUUGGUCCAGUUAGCUACCCAUCUGCAUGAUGCAGAGUUGUGGUCAUGACUGAAAAAAACAAACAAAAAAAAAAAGUGCCUCAGAUUAACACCAUGUUUGAAGCAACCUUGAGUGUUGUAAGAUGUUUGGUCUGUUGACAGCAAUGACCUUGCUGGUUUUGUUUCUCAUGUCACGCUGCACGUGACUCAGCUGAAAAUGGAGAUGCAGUGUCUUUUUGCUGCUGUAACUGGUGGAAUAAGAGUGGCAGUCUGGGAAAGAUCUGCAGGAAGAUGGACAUUGGACAGUUUCCACUUGUCAGGAGGAAGUCAUGCUGCGGAGGUCCAAUCUACAGAUGAAGCCUUUGCACUGUGCUUACACAAUAAACAAAAUGCCAACUAAUCUUUUAA